AUGGAUCCUGGGUGGCAGCCUUACCAAGAUCCUUUGAUGGGUCAUCCUUCGCAGUUCAAUACUGGGUUGGCGUCUCAUCCUCAGCAACUGGGCUCGAAAUACGGGCAGCCACCACAAUCACAGCCGCCCGUCGGAUAUACGUACGAGACCUUCCAAACUCCUGGCACGACAUCCAACCCCCCUUCAGCCGGCACAAACUCCAAAACCGUAUCCAUGGCUUCCUCCCCCACCGCCACGCCACGUACUCGGGAUUAUGUCACCGAUGCGGAUACCACCAUGGAGGACGCCGACCCGUACAACCGGGCGAAGUACCCCUCGAGGCCAAACCACAAUCGCGCAUCGUCUCAAUUCUUGAACCAAGCAGAGGAAUCAUCAGCUGCCCGAAGGUACUCCCCGGGGAAUGUUCUUUCGCCGCCGAUGUCGUACCCCACAAGUCCUGGCAAGUCCCAGGGCUCUUAUGGAUUCCCAUCCGCACCCCAGAGUGCUUCCCGGCGGUCACCUGCGAAGCCUGAAUAUGCAUCUCCACCACAAGCAUAUCAAUCCCCUCCAUCCAACCGUCCACCUAGACUACCUCCACUUCAAUCCGGAGACCUUAGCCCAGACCAAUACUACCCGCCAUCAGCUUCCUCACACAUGAGUCCAGGCUUUGGUCAAGGAUCGCGAUCACCGCGAUCCGGUUCUUUGCCAUCUCAAACCCCUCUAAUACCCGGUCGAGGUCCUGUGCCCAAGUUCCAAAAGAUCCAGUCUGUGCAAGAACUACAUCCGCGCACGAAUGUACAACCUGCAUAUCGGCGUGCCAACCCAGAGGGCGGAUUCAUCAGUCCACUUCAAUCAUUGACAACCCACCUCCCGGCCACCUACCGCAUAUGCAACCCCGGAUUCAACUAUGAGUCUUCGAGAAACCCGCGGCGAGUAUUAACCAAGCCCAGCAAAGGCGUCAAGAACGAUGGAUACGACAAUGAGGAUAGUGAUUAUAUCCUCUAUGUCAACGAUAUUCUUGGAAGCGAGGAAGCUGGCCACAAGAACCGAUACCUCAUUCUUGAUGUCCUAGGCCAAGGUACCUUCGGCCAAGUUGUGAAAUGUCAAAAUUUGAAGACCGGAGAAGUAGUAGCCGUCAAAGUGAUCAAAAACAAGACUGCGUACUUCAAUCAGAGCAUGAUGGAAGUUUCCGUGUUGGAUCUGCUCAACAGCAAAUAUGACAAGAAUGACGACCAUCACCUGCUUCGUCUCAAGGACACAUUUAUUCAUCGCCAGCACUUGUGUCUUGCAUUCGAAUUGCUCAGUGUUAAUCUAUACGAAUUGAUCAAGCAAAAUCAAUUCCGUGGAUUGAGCACUACUCUUGUCCGUGUGUUUGCCCAGCAAUUGUUGAACGCCCUGAGCUUGCUAAACAAGGCGCACUUGAUCCAUUGUGAUCUAAAGCCGGAAAACAUCCUCCUUAAGAACCUCGAGAGCCCGAUCAUCAAGGUCAUUGAUUUCGGCUCUGCCUGUGAUGAACGCCAGACAGUCUACACUUACAUUCAAUCGCGGUUUUACCGUUCUCCUGAAGUAUUGUUAGGUCUUCCAUAUUCCUCUGCGAUUGACAUGUGGUCUCUUGGCUGUAUCGUCGUGGAGCUCUUUUUAGGUCUCCCUCUGUUCCCUGGUUCAUCGGAGUAUAAUCAAGUAUGUCGGAUUGUUGAGAUGCUGGGUAUCCCGCCAACGUGGAUGCUGGAGAUGGGCAAGCAGUCUGGAGAAUUCUUUGAAAAGACACAAGAUGAGUUCGGAAGAAAGACCUACCGCCUCAAAAGCUUAGAGCAGUAUUCCCGGGAGCACAACACAAAGGAACAGCCAAGCAAGAAGUAUUUCUCUGCGUCGACACUGGAAGAGAUUAUUCGCAGUUACCCGAUGCCCCGGAAGAACAUGAAGCAAGCAGAAAUCGACCGAGAACUGAACAAUCGGAUUGCUUUCAUCGACUUCGUGCGGGGUCUCCUGUCAACCAACCCUCUCGAGCGGUGGUCUCCCCAACAAGCCAAGCUACAUCCAUUCAUCACCCAGCAAAAGUUUACUGGUCCCUUUAUGCCACCAAUGAAUCUCAAGUAUUCAACGGCCACUAAGCCUGCUCCGGGUGUUCAGCAACAACAGCAGGCUGAGGCUGCUAGCAAACAGAGAGCAGCUCAGGCUGCCCCCGCCUCCAGCCCCCCUAUGUACAACGGGAUGUACCAACAAGCGGCACCGCCUCCUCCAUACCCUAGUCAGCAGCCACCAGGCUACGGUCAUCAGAUGGGAAUGAUGCCAAACAACCAGAUGCCUCCCCAGAGUCUUUACGCACAAGCGACUACUCGAGCAGGCCGUCAACGAGCAUCCACUAUGGACCCUAAUGGAGGAAUCCCAACUACCAUCCAACGAGUUGCUAGCCACCUGGAUCCCAACGCGCCGAUUCGAUUGCAACCUAGCCCUGCAUACUAUCCACCUCCUCCUGAUGGGUACGUCGAUGCUAACGCCAAUCAACGGCGCCGUGGGAGUCGAACAAGUGGUGGGAACCAACGCAAUCGGGAUUUCAUCCGCACUCUCGAGGAUGGUGUGCUGACCGAAGGAUACAUGGGUCAGAACCAAUGGCACUAG